AUGGUCAAAGUCAAGUCAAUGGAGCAACGGACAAGCCAGCAACGGGCACCAGAGAAACGGGCGAGACACGACGAGGGUGAAAACAAGGACUGUCUGGUCUUUGGUGAUUUUACUAAUAGCGAAUUUGACGGUCAAGACGGCAACAUGAAGCAAGAUUGGCGAGUUGAGAGGUCCACGAAUUCAUUCUGGCUCAGCAACGAGACCGUUGCGCUGCUCUACUUUGCUCUGCGUUGCGUUGUCACUUGGGCGAAGCAGUUUGAGUGCGACAACGGGAGGAAUGCACGGCGCUAUGAGGGAGCAUUCCAUUGA